AUGAAGGCAGACCCCACUGCUUCACCGCAGGUGAAGCGCAAGACCACACAGAAGCUCGAGGAGCCUAGUAUCUCGGAAAGCAUCCUUCAGCCUCGGACUGGAGAUGCUCCAGUCAAAACACCGGGUGAUGAUCAUGAACAAGCGAAAGGGUCAUUGAUCAAGGUUGAGAAACCUGACCUUGAUAUGAUAGAUAGUCUUGAAGAUCAGAAUGCCGCUACUGGUAUUAAUCAGAAACCAUCCUCCGAGGAUAUCGAUAUGCCCUUCGCCUCCAAAAUCGACCCCACUGAGCCACACAUCAAGAUUGAAAUCCGGAUCCUGAUUUGGCAACUCGUCUUGAAGACCAGAAGCCAGCUACUGGUGUCAAACGUGAUCCAUCCUGCGAUGCUACUGAGAUGCCGCUGGCCCCUACAAGCAACUCAACUAAACCAUCGAUCAAGGUUGAGAAAUCUGAUCCUGAUUCAGAAGUUCGCCUUGAAGACCAGAAGGCAGCUACUGGUGUUAACUGGUAUUGAGGAACAGGAUUCCGCCACUGGUAUCAAACAAGAUCCAUCUUGUGAUGAUUCUAAGAUGCCAUUGGCCCCCAAAAUUGACCCAAAUGAACUGACGGCCAAUUUUGACCACUCCGACUCUAAGCACAGUCUCAUCUCCUUCGAUUCCCAAGAUCUUUUGGAAGAGACACGUACUCAGAAUCGCCCUGAUUCUUCGGACACAAAGCCAGAAGACCAGCUCAGCCUCAUGUGUUUCAAGCAAUUGGGAAAGGAACUAAAGCCCGGCGAAAGGCUACCGGAUUGCCAAAUUACCCAUGGAAGCUCUUCCAGUUGUAACCAUUGUUUAGGAGAGCAUUCUAGAUGUGACAUACUCCCAUAUAAUCUGACAAAUGACUUGUCACAACUGAAGCAUGAGAUGAACAAGGCUUUGGAUGUGGGUGAGGCCAUUGAAGAAAAGAAAUGGUUCUACGAUACAUACCAGAAUGUUUCCCGGGGAAUUAAUCAACAAUCCGCCGGGCCCAGCGCAUCAUGUAAGAACGCAGACAGGACCAGAUUGAGAAAACGAGAAUACCACCAGAAGAACGCGGACAUUUUCAGGCUGAGGAAACGAGAAUACCGCCAGAAGAAUGCAGACAGGAUCAAAUCGACAUCACGAGAAUACUACCAGAAGAACGCAGACAGGAUCAAAUCGACAUCACGAGAAUACUACCAGAAGAACGCGGACAGAAUCAAAUCAAGAAGACAAGAAAGAGGACGUAAAGUGAAAGAAAAUCUGUCAAUGCAGAAGCCAGAGGCCCGGCUUAAACAAGAGGUCGUCCAUCUCAAGCAAGAAACCCGGCUUAAGCAUGAAGUUGUGCACCUCAAGGAAGAGGCCCGGCCCAAGCAAGAGAUGAAGCUCAAGCAAGAGAGCCAGCUCAAGCAAGAGACACAGCUCAAGCAAGAAACCCGGCUUAAGCAGGAAGUUUUCCAGCUCAAGGAAGAGGCCUAG